AUGGAGGCGACGGCGUGCAGGGAUCCCUUGGUUUUGGCAAAACAGCAUGGCAAGCAAAGGGUGGUGUUGGAGACCGACUGCCUCGAGCUGGUAAAUCUGUGGAAGAAGAAGCAUUCGCAGCGGUCUGUCGUUGAUCCAAUCUUGAAGGAGACAGAGGAUCUUAGUCUUGCCUUUCAUGAUUUUUUCUUUUCCUAUGUUAAUCGUGUUUGUAACAAGGUUGCUCAUGUUUAG